AUGCAUGUGAUGGGUGAGACCGACAUCAACCACCUCUUUGGUGUUGCAUUGUCAAAAGUUGCCUUCCUACCUUUUGCUAUCGUGCUUGACAAGUGGAGGUGGGGAGUGUUCAGAGGCGACAUUACCCCGAACUCCUACAACGCUGAGUGGUGGAAAAUGCGGAUGGAAUAUAGCGGAGUCGCCCCUCCGGUGCUGCGGACCGAGCGGGAUUUUGAUCCCGGCGCCAAAUAUCACGUACCGGCAAACACGCCUUACGUCAGAUACCUCGUAAGUAUUUUGCUGCAGUUCCAGCUCCACGAAACGCUGUGUAGAGUGGCUGGUCAUGAAGGAUCUCUGCACACGUGCAGCAUUUAUGGCUCGCAACAAGCUGGCGAAUUACUCAGGAGGGGAUUAUCCCUUGGCCGGUCUGAACCUUGGCCAAGCGUUCUUGCCCAGCUCACAGCUGGCCAGUACAACCGUCUGGACGCUGGACCUAUAUUACGCUUCUUCCAGCCGCUGCAGGAUUGGCUAGCGGAACACAAUGAUAAGGAGGAGCUCGGAUGGAAUGCGUCGGAGGCUUUGAUAGCUGGACGUCACGAAAACAACGGUUCAAAAGCCGCUACUGCAGCCUACGUGAUCAUUGCCCUCUUGUUCAUCACACUCGUGAUGGUCGCAGCGUGUGUCCUCGCCCGACGCUGGACCAAGACAAAGCAACCUGAUACCACAGCAACAAGGUCUCAGUAAAAGACCGGAACUUAAUGCUUUUAAUUUUUUUUUUAAUAAAUGUGUACUAUAUUAAUUUAGAUAACUAAUGCUUUCCAGCGUUCAUUCUGUUUAUUUUUACAUUUUUCGCACACGUAAUAAGAGUUUCCACUAUAUUAACUAAAUUGCAAGGAAAGAUGGAUGAUAUUGUAAUUUUUGCACAUACUAGAUAUUAUCAAUUUAGACUGAUUCAUAAGAAAUUAUUAUAUAUUUCUAGCUUGCACAAGAUAAAUUUCACCGGUACGUAUCAGCAACACAUAGAUGAAUGCAAUAGUGUAUUACUUUUGAUUUUCCAUUCCUAGAAUAAUUAGUAAAAUAUUUUAUUAUUUCUACAAUUUGAAUCUAAACGAUUCUAUGCAUAUAGUUACUCAUACUGCGUUGAAGGAAUGAUGCUCUUCUAACCUGCGGGAAGAAUGAAUGAAGUGUUUAGUAUUUUAAUUACUAUGUAUUGUUAAUAUCAUCUACAUUAUGUUAAAUACAACAAAUGUUUCUUUUAGGUUAUUACCACUUUCAGCAAACCUAUCGGCAACCAACAAUAUUGCUAAUGUUAGAUGCCGAUGAAAACUAUCCUCUGCACACCUGUCAGUCACGACAUUAUCAAAGUUCAACUGCAUACAUGACUGACAUAUCUUUAUAUUGAACAAGCCUGAAGGGUCUUCAACGGGGGGUGAAUUCACUACCUAUCCUAAGUACUUCGUUACAUGAAGAGUAAAUAAGACUUUUUGGUCACUGAUUACAA